AUGUUUAUCACCGUGACGUUUGGAGCUGGCUGUCAGGAGCUGGUGAAUCCCUGGUGUAGCCUGGUGACGCUCACUAGGCACCUGAAGCAGAGGGUGCAGGUCCCCACAGAUGCAACCAUUGCCCUCCUGGCUAAGGAUGGGCACCUGGUGAACCUGAGUGAGGGCUUGGAAGCCCAGGCCCCUUCCCUGGGCUGUUCCUUGCUUCAGGAGCGAGGGACUUAUGUCCUGGUACAGAUCAUUAAAGGGAAAGAUGGGGCCCCUGCAUACUAUGAGUCCCUACUAGACAACCUAGAUGAACAGCACCCGGAACUGGCAGAGGAGCUACGCUGGCUGUCAGGCCUUCCAGCCACCAGCAAUGGCCAGAGAAGACGCGUAGGCACUCGGCGUGGCCACCGGGAGCAAGAUCCCCCUUCACGGUCUCGAAGGGCGGCCUCCCUGUCAUCUAGGACCUGAUAGCUGG